AAGGACUUCAAACCGUUAAACCUAGAAUACAAAAAGAGUUCCUUAGAAUAUAUGAUGAGUUCCAGAAAGAUCAUGAUAAAACUUAAUUUUUCAGAAUGACGAAGUUGGAAGCAAGUAAAAAAUGUCCUCCUGUGGGUGCCUUGAUAACAGCUAAAGCAGUGGAGGGACGAAUUAAAAUUUCUCUAACCUGGGGGGAUAACACGUCUUACACCUUGGAGGGAGGAUCUAUCGGAUCAACAACUUCUGAAGGAGCUGCAAGAUGUAUGGCCCGGCAAGUUGAGACUGCUGAGUUGUACGGAGCAGGUAUCCUCCAGAAAACUGAGGUUGAUCAUUGGCUUUCAUUCUGCCUCGGACCCCUCUCCUGUAACUCCGAGCUGAUCAAGGGAUUCCAGUACCUGGAUACUGUGCUGAAACCUGCAACCUUUCUAGUGGGUUCAGGCGCUACUAUUGCCGACUACUGUGUGUUCGGUUCACUGGUUCAAAUUCCUCACUGGCUAUGGCUUGUGGAGAAGAAUGAAGCUCCUCCUAACCUUCUCCGAUGGUUUAAAAUGAUGCAAGCUCGCACUGAGUGUGCAUCAGUACUCAAGGAUCUACCCACAGAAGGACGGGUUGCGGCUGCUCCUAUGCAUGAUCCUGGGAAGGAGAAGAAGGAAGAGAGUGCUGGUGGCAAGUUUAUUGAUUUACCAGGAGCUGAGAAAGGAAAACUGAUUGUAAGGUUUCCUCCUGAGGCUAGUGGUUAUCUUCAUGUUGGCCAUGCUAAAGCUGCUCUUCUCAACUAUCAUUACAAGGAGAGCUUCGAGGGUAAGCUGAUCAUGAGGUUCGACGACACCAACCCUGCCAAGGAGAAAGAGGAGUACGAAGAGGUUAUUCUGGAAGAUUUGAAAUUACUGCAGGUUAAAUAUGAUCACUUCAGCAGAACUUCAGAUCAUUUUGAAACUAUUCUUGGAUACUGCGAUAAACUGCUCAAGGAUGGUAAUGCCUAUGUAGAUGAUACAGAUGCUGAGACAAUGAAGGCUGAGAGGGACGCUAAGACUGAGUCCAAGAACAGAAAUAAUUCUGUAGAUAAAAACAUGAAGAUGUGGGAGGAAAUGAAGAAGGGAAGUGAUAUGGGAAGAAAAUGUGCAGUGAGAGCUAAGAUUGACAUGCAGUCUCCGAACGGAUGUCUUCGUGAUCCUACAAUCUACAGAUGCAAACCUGAACCACAUCCUGCUACUGGAACCAAAUACAAAGUUUACCCAACCUAUGAUUUUGCGUGUCCUGUUGUCGACAGUAUUGAAGGAGUAACACAUGCUUUAAGAACUACUGAAUAUAUGGACCGAGAUGAUCAAUUCUACUGGUUUAUUGAUGCUCUAGGACUCCGUAAACCUUAUAUCUGGGCUUAUGCUAGACUAAACCUAACUAACACUGUGAUGUCUAAGCGUAAGCUGACCUGGCUGGUUGAUACUGGAGUAGUUGAUGGUUGGAAUGAUCCCCGUCUUCCAACAGUUAGAGGAGUUCUUAGACGAGGUUUAACUGUCGAGGCCCUACAGCAGUUUAUUAUUGCUCAGGGAUCCAGUAGAUCAGUUGUUUUCAUGGAGUGGGACAAAAUCUGGGCUUUCAAUAAGAAGGUUCUAGAUCCUAUAGUUCCCCGGCAUACAACUGUAGAUAUGACCUACCAUGUUCCAGUUCAUGUAUCUGGUGUUAAACUAACCUCCCACUCUUCACCCAGACAUCCUAAGAACCCGGAAGUUGGAGAGAAAACAGUUUGGACUGGACCCAACCUCACCAUAGACGGAGUUGAUGCUGAGCAGUUGAAGGAAGGAGAGAAUGCAACCUUCAUUAAUUGGGGAAACCUUGCAAUCAAGAAAGUUCAUAAAUCCAACGGCAAGGUUACCGCUGUUGAUGCCGAGGAUAAUACAUCAAAUAAAGAUUUCAAGAAAACUCUCAAGCUGACCUGGUUGUGCGAGGAUGACAAGAACUCUCCUUUCACUCCUGCUGUACUCAUCUACUACGAUCAUAUCAUCAGUAAACCUAUUCUUGACAAGGAUGAUGAUUUCAAGAAUUUUGUAAACCCUAAAAGUAAACACGAGAUUCAGAUGUUAGGAGAUCCUGAACUCAGGAACCUAAAGAAAGGGGACAUGGUUCAGAUUCAAAGACGCGGAUAUUUCAUCUGUGAUCUUGAAUAUCAACCUUACAAUCAAAGUGUUGGAAGGUCCCGCCCUGUAGUUCUAAUUGCUAUCCCUGACGGAACUCCCUCCAGCUACGGAGCUCCAGGUAAAUCAGAACCUGCGCCUGCUCCUGUAAAGUCUAAGGGUAAGGCUGCCCCUAAGUCUGCUGUCAAGAUUGUAACACCUGUUGCUGCUCCUGCGGCUAACGACGGAAGCAACCUCUCUGCUGAUGUAGAAGCUCAAGGAGAAAAGGUUAGAAAGCUGAAGGCUGACAAAGCUGAAAAAUCUGCUGUAGAUGAGGCUGUUAAGGUUCUUUUAGACUUGAAAGCUAGGUAUAAAGCAAGCACCGGGAAGGAUUGGAAACCUGAUGCAGCUAAAUCAGUUGGAAAAUCUAGUAAAAAAUCAGCUCCUGAACCAGCAGGUUCUGUAGCUCCAGCUUCCUCGGCUGGAAGUCCUGCUGAGCUAAACUCUAAGCUCGAAGCUCAAGGAGAGAUUGUCAGAAAAUUGAAAGCCGAUAAAGCUGCAAAACCUGAGGUUGAUGGAGCUGUCAAGAUUCUCCUCCAACUUAAGGCGGAUUUCAAAAGCUCAACCGGACAGGAUUGGAAGCUUGGGAUAACCCUACCAGCAUCUGCAGCUCCUAGUGCAGCUGUACCCAGCUCAGCUGAAGGUUCUGGAGAUCUGGAUGGUAAGAUUAGAGCACAAGGAGAUCUAGUCAGGAAGCUUAAAUCUGAGAAGGCUGAUAAGAACACUGUGACGGAAGCUGUUCAGACACUGCUCUCCUUAAAGCAGGAGUUUAAAACUGCAACUGGGCAAGAAUGGAAACCUGAGAGCACUAACUCACCGGCUGUUAAGCCUGCACAGCCUGUCAAUACUAAACUAGAAUCAGCUGAAUCCGGAGAUAUGGACGCCAAGAUUACGGCACAGGGAGACAAGGUGCGCGAGCUAAAGGGGAAGAAGGCAGACAAGGCGGAUAUAGAUACUGCUGUUAAAAUAUUGCUAGAUCUAAAGAUGGAGUAUAAGGAGAAGACAGGGAAGGAUUACCAACCUGGUGGAGCUAAGCCUAGAUCUAAACCUGAGAAGAAGGAUAAACCCAAGGAAAAGCCUGUUGCCGCCAUCCCUGCCGCCGGGGUUACGAGGCUGGGUAUGGAGGUUAAGAAGGAGGAUAACCUCGCAGACUGGUAUAGUCAGGUGUUGACCAAGGCAGAGAUGAUGGAGUAUUACGAUAUCUCCGGUUGUUACAUCCUUCGUCCUUGGGCAUUCUCCAUCUGGGAAUCUAUCAAGGACUUUUUGGAUGCAGAGAUUAAAAAGCUCGGCGUAGAAAAUUGUUACUUCCCAAUUUUCGUUUCCAAUGCGGUCUUGGAGAGAGAGAAGAAGCAUAUCAGUGAUUUUGCACCAGAGGUUGCCUGGGUAACCAGAUCUGGAAGCACUGAUUUAGCGGAACCCAUCGCUAUCCGUCCUACCAGUGAGACGGUGAUGUAUCCUGCAUACGCCAAGUGGAUCCAAUCCUACAGAGAUCUUCCAAUGAAACUGAAUCAGUGGAAUAAUGUUGUGAGAUGGGAGUUUAAACAUCCUCAGCCGUUCCUGAGAACCCGAGAGUUCCUCUGGCAGGAGGGGCACACAGCGUUCUCCAACUUUAAAGAGGCAGAGGAUGAGGUUAUGGAUAUCCUUGACUUGUACAGGAGGGUCUACGAGGAGUUGAUGGCGAUCCCCGUUAUCCGGGGCAAGAAGACGGAGAAGGAAAAGUUUGCAGGUGGAGAUUACACGACAACUGUAGAAGCAUUUAUCUCCGCUGCAGGACGGGCUAUUCAAGGGGCAACCUCGCAUCAUCUCGGGCAGAACUUUAGUAAGAUGUUUGAUAUCACUUUCGAGAAUCCGGAAACUGGAGAAAAGCAGUUCGUCUUUCAGAACAGCUGGGGUCUAACCACUAGGACUAUCGGAGUACUAGUCAUGGUACAUGGAGAUAACAAUGGUCUGGUUCUACCCCCGAAGGUUGCUUGUCUCCAGGUUGUAGUUGUUCCCUGCGGAGUAACUGUAAACUUGUCUGCCCAGGACCGUGAGGCACUCUACGCUGAGUGUGAAGGAUACAGAGAACGAUUAACCAAAGCUGGAGUACGAGUCAAGGCUGACAUGAGAGAAAACUAUUCUCCGGGUUGGAAGUUUAACCACUGGGAGCUGAAGGGGGUUCCCAUCAGACUAGAGGUUGGACCUAGAGAUAUGAAGGAGAGCGCAUAUGUUGUGGUGAGACGAGAUACCGGUGAGAAGAUCAAGAUGAGAAAGUGUGGUUUGGAGGAUGAUGUCCCUGCUCUACUGGAUACUAUUCAAUCUGCCAUGUUUGCUAGAGCUAGGAACGAGCUUUCCAAUCAUCUUCGCGUUGUUGAGAACUUUGAUGAUUUCUUGAAGGGUUUAGAUGAGAACUGUUUGUUGCAGGCUCCAUUCUGUGGAGAUGAACCCUGUGAGGAUGAGAUUAAGGAGCUGAGUAAGAAGGAUGCAGACCUGGAGCCUGGAGCUCCAUCUAUGGGAGCUAAAUCCCUAUGUAUCCCAUUCAACCAGCCAGCCGAGAUCAAGCCAGCGACGAAGUGUGUUAGGCCAGGCUGCAAGAAUGCUCCGAAAUUUUACACCUUGUUCGGACGAAGUUAUUAACGCUUCACGUAUUUUUCUGUCAAAAUUUCAAUCGGUUUUAUAUAUUUCUUUAAGUCUCUCUUUUAUCUCAUUGGAAAUUCAAUUUUUUUUUUGAGCAAUUAAGAAUUAUAUUUUGUUAGCGAAAAAUGUAUUUCCUUGUUUUUAAAA